ACGCGAGACUUUCUGUGUGUACAGUACGAUGGAAGAUUUGAAACGUCUGGCUUGUGAAGCCAUUGACCGACAAGCGUCACGUCUACGGGACGUGAGCAGUGAAAUCUGGAUGAAUCCGGAGCUCGGGUUUGAGGAGCACAGAGCUCAUUCUCUACUCACUGACUUGUUGGGAGACGCUGGAUUUCAAGUAGACAAGAAGUUCACCUUGGAGACGGCGUUUAGAGCUAAAUCGGGAACAACGAAACGUCCUAAUGUGGCUAUAAUGUGCGAGUAUGAUGCGCUGCCUAACAUUGGACAUGCCUGUGGUCACAAUCUCAUAGCAGAAGCAGGUUGUGCGGCUGGCAUUGGUGUGAAAGCUGCUCUAGAAUCAAGUGACCAGAGCCUCGGGUGUGUCACCGUUUUUGGUACUCCAGCCGAAGAAGGCGGAAACGGCAAGGUAAAGAUGCUGUCAAAUGGCUGCUUCAAGGAUGCGGAUAUUGCCAUGAUGGCCCAUCCGUUGAAUGCUGAUUAUCUGAAUCGUUACAGUCUUGCUCUUCUCGAACUGGACGUCACGUAUAAGGGAAAAGCAUCUCAUGCUGCUGCGUUUCCCUGGGAAGGAAUCAAUGCACUUGACGCGGCUGUGAUGGCAUACACUAACAUGUCAAUGAUGCGACAGCAAAUGAAGCCGACAUGGAGAGUGCACGGCAUCGUAACCAACGGUGGUAUCAAACCAAAUAUCAUUCCUGAAGAGUCACAACUACAAUACUAUAUCCGAGCACCGACAGAAGGUGAAUUAAAGACCUUAAAAUGUAUGUCAGAAAAAAUCUUUCAUUCUGCAGCGAAAGCUACCGGUUGUUCGGUCGAAAUUGUAGAAGGAGAGGGGUGUUCCAAUGUUCUUGUGAACAGUGUUCUGGCUGAUGCAUAUUGCAAAAACUGUGCAAGUUUGAAGUUUGAUUUUAAGCCACCCGUGGCUGGAGGAUCGACAGAUAUGGGCAACAUAUCGUAUGCCAUUCCUUCUAUUCAUCCAUACUUUAAUGUCGGUACGAGUGCCUCCAUACAUUCGCAAGAGUUCACCGCAGCAGCUAACACCGACUAUGCCCAUGAACGAGCAAUCAGUGCAGGCAAGGCGAUGGCCAUGACAGCCAUCGAGAUUCUGUGUGUUCCCGAAUUGCUGCCUAGCAUUCGGACCUCAUUUGAUACUCAAGUAGCCACUGCUAUAUCAUCCUAAAAUGGAUGAUCUUAUGUAUUUAUACAGUGUGUUGAUUAUAUCGAUUCUGUACUUCCAAAUCAACAGAUAACCUGCAUUUGCCAAUUUGAUGUAGAAUGCGUUACAAUUAAUAUAUUCUAGGU